AUAAAGGGCCAGAGAGCCGGUGAAGCCCCCAAUUCGCCCCUCCACCCCUGUGCCCGCUGCCCCUCGGGAGCCUGCCCAGGUUGCCCACAUGCCCCAGACCAUCGUCCUCCCGGGCCCUGCCCCCUGGGGCUUCCGGCUCUCGGGGGGCGUCGAUUUCAACCAGCCUUUGGUCAUCACCAGGGUUUCUCCGGGUAGCAAGGCUUCGGCUGCCCACCUGUACCCCGGGGAUGUCAUCCUGGCCAUCGACGGCUUUGGGACGGAGACCAUGACCCACGCCGACGCUCAGGACCGGAUCAAAGCGGCUGCCCACCAGCUCUCCCUCAAAAUCGAUAGGGGGGAGACAAGGCUAUGGUCUCCGCAGGUUUCUGAAGAAGGCCGACCCCAUCCUUACAAAAUCAACCUGGAAUCAGAGCCACAGGACGUGAACUACUUUGAACACAAGCACAAUAUUCGGCCCAAGCCUUUCACACUUCCAGGCCGAAGCAGCGGCUGCAGCACCCCCUCGGGCCUUGACUGCGGCAGCGGGCGCAGCACCCCGUCUUCAGUCAGUACCAUUAGCUCCAUUUGCCCGACUGACUUGAAAGCGGCUGCUAAAAUGGCGCCCAACAUUCCCCUGGAAAUGGAGCUGCCCGGAGUCAAGAUUGUCCACGCUCAGUUUAACACGCCCAUGCAGUUGUAUUCAGACGACAAUAUAAUGGAGACCCUGCAGGGCCAGGUCUCCACAGCCCUGGGGGAGACGCCCUUACCGAGUGACUCGACGUCCCCCGUGCCACCCCAGGGCUCUGAUGUGUACCGCAUGCUUCACGACGACCAGGACCAGCCGACUCAGCCUCGCCAGUCGGGCUCCUUCAAGGUGCUCCAGGACAUGGUCAACGAUGACCCUGAUCGGCCAGUCGGGACAAGAAGCGUGCGGGCCCCCGUGACGAAACCUGGGGCCGGAGCCGGAGGUGUCCAGAAGUUGCCGUUGUGCGACAAAUGUGGCAGCGGUAUUGUCGGGGCCGUGGUGAAGGCACGGGAUAAGUACCGGCAUCCCGAGUGCUUCGUGUGCGCCGACUGCAAUCUCAACCUGAAGCAAAAGGGCUACUUUGUCGUGGAGGGGCAGUUGUAUUGUGAAACCCACGCUCGAGCUCGCACCCGUCCUCCGGAGGGGUACGACACGGUGACCGUUUAUCCAAAAGCCUAAGCGUCUCAGACGAAACACGCACCCGUGCCCAUACGCCCGCGUACACGCACCUGCACAAGCACGCCUGCGCACGUGUACACCCACAUACGUGUACACACACACACACUCAGGCCACCCAGACAGGCACCCCCCGCUUUGGGAAGGAGAAGGGUGGAAAGCCGUAUGCCCUCCGUCGUCUUUGAACUGAUGAUUUCUUUGUGACGUGGAGCUUAGGAGAGGCAGGUGUUUAUUAAGAAGGCUUCGAAUGCGUUGAGUUUGGCAAUCGUGUCAUCUGUGAGGCUACCCAAGUAAUUUAAUAGUGUUUAAAGCGAUACAAUUCUGUAUGCCAUCUACUAUCUUGUAUUAAGAAAAUUUAAAAUGGCUUAUCCCCCAUGUAGCUGGAUCCGGAUACUGCUCCUGUUAAUUUUUUUCCCCUCUCAGCCAGACAUUUGCACAAAUAGAAUCAGUAGAGAGCAGCCAUUUUGCGUUACAAUACUACUGUGUUUGUUUCAACUACCGUGUUUAUUAAAAAAUAAAACUCUUCUUUAGUUUUAA